CGCCUUAUUUAUGCAUAGCUUUAGCUUUCCGGAAUUCAUUCUUAUAUAAAAUUAUCGUGAAACUAUUCUACAAUGUCAUACACGUUCAUCGUUCUCUGCAUCAUCGCUCUCGAAAUACUCAGGAGACUAUGCAUUUCCAUUUACACUGCAUUCUUCACGCCGCUCUCCAAAGUUCCUGGUCCCUUGAGUCUCAAAUUAUGCGGCAGUAUAUGGCUAUAUCAUACCUUGCGGGGAGAAACGAUGAACAUCGCCCCGAAACUUUUCAAAAAAUAUGGUGAUGUUGUGAGGAUUGGUCCAAAUGAAAUAAUGGUCUCUUCAAAAUCCGCCAUCCAGAAAAUCGUAGUCGAAGACGAUUUUAGGAAAAGUCCCCUCUAUACUCUUACCCAGGAAGAUCAACAUGUGAGUAAUUUGUUUACGGAGACGGAUACUAGGGUUUAUAAACAGAAGAGGAGACCUUUGUCCGCCGGAUUCUCCAUCUCUUUCUUAAAUGCAAUGGAACCACUCAUGAAAUCCUGUGUUGAUUUCAUGGUCGAGGUAUUAGAAUCGAGAUGUAUUACGGAUAUCGAGAGUGAGGAUGGCAGGGCUGUAGUUGACAUGUUUUCCAUGCUUGGGAAUCUAACAAUGGACGUAAUGUCUGCGACUCUCUUUGGUGGAUCAUUUGGUCUUGUCAUCAACGAAGAUCCACAUGUGAAAAACUUGUUCCUCGAUCGUCUACGUAGGGUGUAUAUUGAUGUCGUCCUGCCAUUCGUCAAAUAUAUCCCUCUUAUACCAAGUCCUGUUCAGGAGAUGGAUCGCAUGAUUGAUGGGAUUAUCAAGACGAGACGGGCAGAGAUGGGUAGGGGGAAAGGGUUGGGAGAAGACAAAGCAAGAGAGAAGAAGGAUUUGUUACAAAUUUUUUUGGAUGCGAAUGAAAGUGAUCCGAAGGGAUUUACUGACAAACAUUUAAUGGAGGAAAUGAGGCUAUUCAUGAUCGCCGGCAGCGACACAACGGGCACAACUUGCACCUUUACACUUCUUCUUCUUCUCAAAAAUCCUUCUAAACUACAACUCCUUACACAAGAGAUCCUCUCCGCGUUCCCAUCCAAGUACGAUAUCAUCACCUUUGCAAAUACACAAGAAUUGCCAUAUCUAAAUGCUGCGAUUAAUGAGAGUAUGAGACUCAUGCCGAUAGUCGUUUCAGGAUUGCCCAGAUAUACUAGUGAGACGAAUUGGAUUGAUGGGUUUGAGAUUCCUGCUCAUGUGACAACCUACGCUUUCCCCAACAUGCUUCAAGUCGACCCACGCAUCUGGCCUGACGCUGAUUCAUACAUUCCCGAGCGCUGGCUCGACGAUUACAAAGGUGUACCUGUGGAUAAGAAAGCAUUUCUGCCGUUUUCGGGCGGAGUAAGAAAUUGUAUUGGACAGCAAUUUGCACUUCGCGAGAUCCGUCUCAUCCUCGCUACGGUGAUUAGAAGAUUCGAAUUAGAUUUGGUACCGGGACAAAGUCACGAAUUGAGAGUUCAUGCGGUGCCGUAUUUUAAGGAGGGGAAGUAUUUGAUGGGGGUGAGGGUUAGGAAAGAGUAG